AUGGUGCAGGACCCACGCAUGUCCGAGAAAGAGGCUGCAAGCAUCAAUGCAGCUGCAGCUGUAAGACGGUACGAUGUCAAGCCACGCCUCGACUAUCGCACCGUGUCUGCAGUCAAUGGGCCGCUCGUCGUGCUAGAGAACGUCAAGUUCCCGUCGUACAAUGAGAUCGUGCAGCUCACCUUACCCGACGGCACGAAGCGAGGCGGUCAGGUACUCGAAGUCAACGGCAACAAGGCCAUCGUUCAGGUCUUUGAGGGCACUUCCGGCAUCGACGUCAGAGCGACCCACGUCGAGUUCUCGGGAUCGAGCAUGAAGCUGCCCGUGAGCGAGGAUAUGCUCGGUCGCAUGUUCAACGGAUCGGGCAAACCCAUCGACAAGGGUCCCAAAGUCUUUGCGGAAGACUAUCUCGACAUCAACGGCUCACCCAUCAAUCCCUACUCCCGCGUGUACCCCGAAGAGAUGAUCCAGGUCGGCAUCUCCUCCAUCGAUACCAUGUGUGCCGUCGCACGAGGUCAGAAGAUUCCCAUCUUCUCGGCUGCCGGUCUGCCUCACAAUGAGAUUGCCGCGCAAAUCUGUCGACAAGCUGGUUUGGUCAACAAGAGCAAGCCCACAAAGGGCGUGCAUGAUGACCAUGAUGAUAAUUUCUCGAUCGUCUUUGCUGCCAUGGGCGUCAACAUGGAGACCGCUCGCUUCUUCAGGCAAGACUUUGAAGAGAACGGCUCGCUCGAUCGCGUCACACUCUUCCUCAAUCUCGCCAACGAUCCUACGAUCGAGCGCAUCAUCACACCUCGUCUGGCACUCACAACGGCAGAGUAUUAUGCUUACCAGCUCGAGAAACACGUUCUCGUCAUCUUGACCGACAUGUCGUCCUACGCCGAUGCGCUCCGAGAAGUCUCGGCCGCACGAGAAGAAGUGCCCGGUCGCCGUGGCUACCCAGGAUACAUGUACACGGAUCUCUCGACCAUCUACGAACGUGCAGGCCGUGUCGAAGGUCGCAACGGAUCGAUCACCCAGAUUCCCAUCCUCACCAUGCCCAACGAUGAUAUCACCCAUCCUAUUCCUGAUCUGACAGGUUACAUCACAGAAGGCCAGAUCUUCGUCGAUCGACAGCUUUACAACAAACAGAUCUACCCACCCAUCAACGUCUUACCUUCUCUCUCGCGAUUGAUGAAGAGCGCCAUCGGCGAAGGUCUCACCCGAGCAGACCACGGCGAUGUGUCCAACCAGAUGUACAGCAUGUACGCUGUCGCUCGUGAUGCUGCCUCGAUGAAAGCCGUCGUCGGUGAGGAGGCUCUCUCGUCCGAAGAAAAGCUCGCGCUAGAGUUCUUGGACAAGUUCGAGAAGACAUUUGUCAACCAGGGAGCGAACGAGUCGAGGACGAUCUUCGAGUCGCUCGAUCUCGCCUGGACGCUUCUGCGUAUCUUCCCUCGCGAACAACUCUCGCGUAUCUCGCCCAAGAUCCUCGACCAAUACUACGCACGGAGGGGCAAGGAGAGCAAGAAAGAGGAAGACAAGGACGAUAAAGAGUGA